CACCUGGAAGCGCCGCGGCGCCGCUGUCGAGCUUCCUGCAGCGGCGGCCGCCCGAGCCAGUGCCGUGGCGGGGGCCGAGCGCGCCCAGGGCGGCGGCGCCUCCCCGAGUGGCCCGCGACGCCAGGCCCCGCGUGAAAGAUACCAAGUUGUUCUAGUACAACCCUAUAAAUAAUUAAUAUCUGAAGUCUUAAUAUAACAUGGAUAUUAACAGUGAUGACAAAUAAAUGCAGACGCUUGGGAAUCAAAUACUAGGCGAAACUCAUUUUAAAAGAAAGGAAUUUAGGAAGUUCUAGUAUUCUUCAUGGCUGAAGCAGAGAUUCUGAAACCCUGAUGCUUAAGCUCUGUUCUAGAUCAUAGCUUCAACUACUUCAGAAUAUAAGGAAAAGAACUAAGUUUUCCACAAUGAUAGAUCUUUGGUUAUACAGGUUUCCCAAUGAGUGGAUCAUGAUGACCGUAUUGUAGGGACUUGCCAUAGUAUGGCUGCUUCCCGAUCUACUCGUGUUACAAGAUCAACAGUGGGGUUAAACGGCUUGGAUGAAUCUUUUUGUGGUAGAACUUUAAGAAAUCGUAGCAUUGCUCACCCUGAAGAAAUCUCUUCUCAUUCUCAAGUAAGAUCAAGAUCACCAAAGAAGAGACCAGAGCCUGUGCAAAUUCAGAAAGGAAAUAAUAAUGGGAGAACUACUGAUUUAAAACAGCAAAGUACUCGAGAAUCAUGGGUAAGCCCUAGGAAAAGAGGACUUUCUUCUUCAGAAAAGGAUAACAUAGAAAGGCAGCCUGUAGAAAAUUGUGAGAGAAGGCAAACAGAACCUGUUUCACCAGUUUUAAAAAGAAUUAAGCGUUGCCUUAGAUCUGACGCAACAAACAGUUCAGAAGAAGAUUCACCUAUAAAAUCAGACAAGGAGUUAGUAGAACAGAGGAGUACAGUAGUGGACAAUGAUGCAGAUUUUCAAGGGACUAAACGAGCUUGUCGAUGUCUUAUACUGGAUGAUUGUGAGAAAAGGGAAAUUAAAAAGGUGAAUGCCAGUGAGGAAGGGCCAUUUAAUUCUGCAGUAGUUGAAGAACUCACAGGCUAUUUAGCCGUCAAUGGUGUUGAGGACAGUGAUUCAGCUGUUAUAAACUGUGAUGACUGUCAGCCUGAUGGGAACACUAAACAAAAUAGCACUGGUUCCUAUGUGUUGCAGGAAAAAUCAGUAGCUGAAAAUGGGGAUUCGGAAACCCAUGCGUCAAUGUUCCUUGAUAGUAGGAAGGAGGACAGUUACAUAGACCAUAACGUGCUUUGCACAGAUUCAGAAGUACAGGUCAAAUUGGAGGACCACAAAGUAGUAACUGCUUGCCUGCCUGUGGAACAUGCUAAUCAACUGACAACUGAGCCAGCUAAAGGUCCCAUUUCUGAAAUUCAGUCAUCUGUAAGGGAUUCUGAGGAGGAAGUAGAUGUGGUGGGAGAUAGCAGUGCCUCAAAAGAGCAGUGUAAUGAAAACACCAAUAACAACCUGGACUCAAGUCUUGAAAGUAUGCCGGUCUCUGGAGAAGCAGAACCAUCUUCUGUCCUGGACUGUGUUUCAGCUCAGAUGAUGUCUUUAUCAGAACCUCAAGAACAUCGUUAUACUCUGAGAACUUCACCACGAAGGGCAGCUCCUUCCAGAGGUAGUCCCACUAAAAGUAGUUCUCCUUGCAGAGAAAAUGGACAGUUUGAGGAGAAUAAUCUUAGUUCCAAUGAAACAAAUGCAACUGUUAGUGAUAAUAUAAGCGAGCCUCCCACAAAUCUUGAUGAAUUUUCUCAGAAAGAAAAAGGAGUAUGUUGUGACUCUGAAAAUGAUGGGAGUGAAGGACUAAGCAAGCCAUCCUCAGAGACAAGACUGAAUAUCGGACUUUUGCCAUCUGCCAAAGAGAGUGCCAAUCCGCACAUUACAGAGGAGGAAGAUGAAGAUCCUGAUGUUUAUUACUUUGAAUCAGAUCAUGUGGCACUGAAACACAACAAAGAUUAUCAGAGACUAUUACAAACGAUUGCUGUACUCGAGGCUCAGCGUUCUCAAGCAGUCCAGGAUCUUGAAAGUUUAGGCAAACACCAGAGAGAAGCACUAAAAAAUCCUAUUGGAUUUGUGGAAAAACUCCAGAAGAAGGCUGAUAUAGGGCUGCCAUAUCCCCAGAGAGUUGUUCAGUUGCCUGAAAUUGUGUGGGACCAAUAUACGAAUAGCCUUGGGAACUUUGAAAGAGAAUUUAAAAAUCGUAAAAGACAUACUAGGAGAGUUAAGCUAGUUUUUGAUAAAGUAGGUUUGCCUGCUAGACCAAAAAGUCCUUUAGAUUCUAAGAAGGAUGGAGAAUCCCUCUCAUACUCAAUGUUGCCUUUGAGUGAUGGUCCAGAAGGCUCAAACAGUCGUCCUCAGAUGAUAAGAGGCCGCUUAUGUGAUGAUACCAAGCCUGAAACAUUUAAUCAGUUAUGGACUGUGGAAGAACAGAAAAAGCUUGAGCAGCUACUUCUGAAGUACCCUCCUGAAGAGGUUGAAUCUCGACGCUGGCAGAAGAUAGCGGAUGAAUUGGGCAAUAGGACAGCAAAGCAGGUUGCCAGUCGAGUACAGAAGUAUUUCAUAAAACUAACUAAAGCUGGCAUUCCAGUCCCAGGCAGAACACCAAACUUAUAUAUAUACUCCAAAAAGUCUUCAACAAGCAGACGACAGCACCCUCUUAAUAAGCAUCUCUUUAAACCCUCCACUUUCAUGACCUCCCAUGAACCACCAGUUUAUAUGGAUGAAGAUGAUGACCGGUCCUGUUUUCAUAGCCACAUGAACACUACUAUCGAGGAGGAAUCAGAUGAGGAAAGUAUUCCUAUAAUGUAUAGGAAUUUACCUGAAUAUAAGGAACUAUUACAGUUUAAAAAGUUAAAGAAACAGAAACUUCAGCAAAUGCAAGCUGAAAGUGGAUUUGUCCAACACGUGGGUUUCAAGUGUGAUAAUUGUGGCAUAGAACCUAUCCAGGGGGUUCGGUGGCACUGCCAAGACUGUCCUCCAGGAAUGUCUUUGGAUUUUUGUGAUUCUUGUUCGGACUGCCUACAUGAAACAGAUAUUCACAAGGAGGAUCACCAAUUAGAACCCAUUUAUAGGUCAGAAACAUUCUUAGACAGAGACUACUGUGUGUCCCAAGGCACCAGUUAUAAUUACCUUGACCCAAACUACUUUCCAGCAAACAGAUGACAUGGGAGAAAACAUUAUAUAUUAGUCCUCUUCAACACAUAGCAAUGAUAUCAUUGUGAAUUAUGUGCACAGUUUGGAAAGAUUCUCUGCUUUCCCUGAAAUGACACUCACAGCAUGACCGCUUCCUGAGUGUUCUCGUCAAGUCCAGCUCUGCACCGUUGUGGCUCUAGAUCACUGUUCAGCAGCUGAACAUUUCUGGUGAGCAAAGGGUUUCCCUGGUGAAUUUCCCACCGCCACCUCAAAAGAAGUCUUUUAGGUGGUGAUCUUAAAUGGGUGAGGUGGAAACGAGAGCACACAUUCAAGAGAGAGUAAAUUCCAAAGGUUUCAGAGAACUUGCAUAAAUAUGAGAAGACAAAAGUAUUUACAUUAAAACAGUUUAGUAGCUUUCAGUUUUGUGAAAAUAGUUUUCAGCACAGAAACUGACUUCUUUAGACAAAGUUUUAACCAAUGAUGGUGUUUGCUUCUAGGAUAUACACUUUAAAAGAACUCACUGUCCCAGUGGUGGCCACUGAAUGGCCUUAGUAAAUUGGAGCUGCUUAACCAUAUUGAUGUCUAAUUUUUUUUUUUUAACCACAAUGAACUGUCCUUAUUACCAACAAGUGAAGCACUACAGGAGGCAACUAUUUGCUUCCUUAACCAGCUCAUGGUGUGUGAAUGUUAUAAAAUUGUCACUCAGAUAUAUUUUUUAAAUGUAAUGUUAUAUAAGAUGAUCAUGUGAUGUGUACAAAAUAUGGUGAAAAGUGCCAGUGGUAGUAACUGUGUAAAAUCUCUAAUUCACAACAUUAAUUUCUUUAAAAUACACAGCCUUCUGCCUCUGUAUUUGGAGUUGUGGGUGCAACUCAUCAAAGAAAACUGCCUAAUAUAAAAAUCAUAUAUAUGGUAAUAAUUUCCCUCUUUUGUAGUCUGCACAAGAUCCAUAAAAGAUUGUAUUUUUAUUACUAUUUAAACAAGUGAUUAAAUUUAGUCUGCGCAGUGAGCAAGAGUUCACAUGCAUUCUUUUAUACUGCUGGAUUUUGUUGUGCAUCAUUUAAAAACAUUUUGUAUGUUUCUUCUUAUCUGUGUAUACAGUAUGUUCUUGAAUAAUGUUCAUUUGUCAGGAGAACUGUGAGAAAUAAACUUAUGUGGAUACUGUCUGUUUAUAUUAUAGAAUGCUUGUUGUGACUUCCUUUUUAGUUAAAUUUUGAAUUUUUUACUAGUGUUGAAACCAAAAACUUUUUUUUUAAGGUUUUGCUUUACUGAGUCCUUUGAAGAGUAAGGACUAUAUUAUGGAAAAGAGGGUGAACUUCAGAAGCUCUCCCUGUAAGACUAUAAUUUUCAUUCACUCUGGGCUGAAGCAGUAAAUCAGACUGUGUUAGAAGAAAGGAACACAUACCACAAAUAAAAUAGGUCAUCACAAAAAAAAUCUCUGUAGUCCCUGGAAAUUAUUUACUAUUAGGAAAGACUAUAAAUAUUCUAAGGUUUAUUAUACGGACUCAAAUUUAGAGUUGGCUCUUUUCUUCAAUUUUAAAUUAGGGGAACAUUAUUUACUUGUCCUCUUCAAUACAUUGGAGGGUACUAAAAUCAUACCCUGAAUUUUUUUAAUUGAGAAGAAUAAUAUAAUUUUAGAUAUAUGAAUAUAAAAAUUUUAAAGUAAUAUAUUUAUUAGAGGUUAGCAGUGAUAAUGAUAAAAUUGAAUCCUUUUUGAAAGAAAAGGAAAUGAAUUUAAGCUUAAUUCCUUACCUUAGAAUUAUUUUAGUAUUCUGACAUUUGCCAGAAGAUUUGCCUUCCAUAGCAGUUACAGUUGCACUUGAAUGGUAACUUCAGUGUACGUCUAGUAAUGUUUAUUUUUAGAGAACAAUUCAGGGCCACUAAAAAAUAAUAUUGAGUAUUAAUUGGAAGAGGUUAAUGAUACAGUUGUUAUAUAAACAAUAGACAAAUACACUUAAAUCUAUAUUUCAUGGACAAAAGAUUUUAAUAAUUUUGCUUGACACAGGAUUGCUUGCUGUUUAAGAUGCAGUUACUUUGCAUUUUUCAGCUCCAGGCAAAUAGUCCUCAUGACUUUAAAGGUUCCUGAUGUGUAGUACUAGCAGUUAUGUGGUAUUUUAAGUUGAGGACUGAAGGAAGUGGGCAGGGCUAUCAUUUCCAAGUAGGCCUUCCACCUCCUAUAAAAUGUCAUCCUAACCCCACUUCUUAAAGCAUUGCUUCCUAAGUGCUAUUCGGUAGGUCAGAUAUAUUUCCAGAAGUAAUCCUCAAGAUCAGAAAUGAAGGAACUUUUAUUGUUUCUGCUUCACAUCUUUCCAGCUGUGCUCAGGCCACCAGUGCUAACACCCAUUGGUGCUAGGGAGGCCAUACAGUGAAUGGGCCCCGAGCUGCCAGGCUUGUGCUCUAGCUCAGGAAACUGUGGGGCCACAGUUGGAAAAAGGUUGAGAAACACUGCUCUAGUCCUUUUUGUACUAUCUACUGAAGGAAUCACUAGUGAUACUUGAAACCACUGGUCUUACAUUUAGGCAGAAGAGGUCACAAUUGGUGUUAUAUAUUAGUAACACUAGGGAUCACCAAUGCAAUGUUGACUAUGUCCCAGAAAGCAUAGAGUAAAAAAGUCAAUUCUUAAAACUGAAUGACAAAAGUUUAUUUUCCUGAUUUCUUAUGAGGAAAUCUAGUCAAGAGAAGUUACAUAACCUGCUCAUGGUCAUAUAAAUAGGAUGGUGGUGGUACUUUAAAUUUGGUGGAUUUUUAACCUGACAGAUUAGUGCAGAGUCAGCAUCUGCUUCACUAUCAUAUUUUCUGAGCCAGAAUAUUCCUUUCCAGUCAGGUGUCACUGAAGGGAUAGAGGUGGAGGUGUGGAGGGGUUGCUUCUUAGUCCUUUUUUCCUGUGUGGUGUGUUCCUAGAGUAUGAAUCCGAGCAUAUAUCUAGGUUUAUUGCACAGAAUAAAGAAGCAUGGCUGUACAUGAGGGAAAGGCACCAGAAAGGUCUUUCCUCAGUGAACAAGAACAACACAACGUACAGAUUCUAAGUUGACAGCAAAUGUGCUGUCAUGAGGGUUUAGGCAAAGUUGAGACUGGCUGUGUCUCCUGACUCAGGUACUUAUUUCCAAGCAUACUUGGUGCCGCUUAAGACCUGAUAGUAUGCCUUGUCUAUUUUCCUCUCUUUCCUUUUGUUGAAAUUGAUUACAGAAUGCAACAAUUACUGAGGUCUAUGAGGACAUUAAAAAAAUAUAUAUUUUUAGAGGCCCCACCUCGCUGUGCUGGGAGUGGUGACCUGGGGCCACUCCUAGUAAUGCUCAGCCCCAUGGUGCAGGCCUGAAGUGCUCAGGCCUGGUGGUGCUUGGGGACUACCAGGGCCACCUUUGGCGGUGCUAGUGGGAGGGGGGCAUAUGCAGUGCCAGGGAAUCAGUCUCAGGACUUUGCAUGUAGUAAGCAUGUGCUCUGCCACUGAGCUAUCUCCAUCGCUGCAAUAUUUUUUAUUUCUUAAAAGAAGUAGAGAAAAUAGGCCAUCACAUGUAGUAAGGCUACUUUUUUAAUUUUUGCGUGUGAAAUUUAUUUUCUGUCAUAAAUAUAGCAUGUUAAACUUAUUGGAGGUAAGCUUGAAGACCUUCGUUCUAGUUGCACUAUAUAAUAAGUUGUCAGAUAACAAGUCGGUUUUUCCCACAAGGUUAUGGAGGCAUUGCUCUUUUAGGCUGUAAAGUGUUUUUUUUUUUUAACCUUGAUGUAGAAAAUGUGCCCUGUGAUCAAAACAAAGGUAGCUUUUUUUUUUUUUACCCAUUUGGAUAGCUGAUUAAAUAGAUUUUUGAGAAUGGGCGUCAUCAUAUUCAGCUCCAUAAGACCAGAGAACAUCUAUAUCUGUCUAUAUACCUAUAUGACUGGGCUCUUCUUGGUCUUAGUAGAUUCUCAAUAAAUAUUUGUUAGUAACUUGCCCAUUUUCUUUUUGUGAUUUAUACUUUUUCCCUAGGAAGUUGGGAGAUCCUACCUCUCCCAGAGUUAUCCUAGGGAUAACUCUCUGUUAUCCUUAAAGGACGUUUAUUAGGAUAUCUCCUCUGCAUGGCUCUGACAGGACUGUAAGAAUUGCGGCUUACUUACCUGUGCUUCAGCUAUGAGUGGUUAAGAAAGUUUUGGUUCUCUUUCGGGGACCCUCUUUAUGUAUACCAUCCAUGUAUACUCGUGCUUUAAUCAUAUUUUUAGAGUGAUAUAAUAGAAUACAAGAGUGGAAAUUCCGAAUUCUAGUUCAAACUAUGGAAGUGAGUGAAGUACACAAUAAAUGUUGACAUAGCCACUUUUUGUUGAGUACUAGGUAUAAGUAAGCGAUUUACAUGUGUUAUUUACUCUUCAGCACCUCUACUGUUAUAAUCAUCACUGUACAGAUGAGCAAAUGAGGAUUCAGAGAAUUUAAAUGUUGCCUUUGUAUGGGAUUGGAGAUACAAAGCAUUGUACUUAAUGGAACUUGUUGUUUGAUGCAGAAUACCAGCAAUAAGCAAGUUAAUUAAAAAUACUUUAAUUUUAGACAGGUAGGUGCUCUCAAGAAAGAUAAUGAUGAAAGAGUGGGAACCAGUUUUUGCUAGUUCAGUUGGAAAAGUGAAAGGAGACCUCAAUAACAAGUAAAAUUUGAACAGAGAUCUGAAUGGGGUAAGGGAAUCCCCCAGUGGGGUAGCUGUGCAGAUAGUCUAGAAGAUGCAGAAAGUAAGCAAUAGAAAAUCCCUAAUUCAAGAAUUUGAAUUUUCCUGAUAACGUUAGAAGUGUCAGUAUAAGAGUCAGAGAGGUCCAAGGGUUAUUACACAUGUUUGGUCCCAGUUCUAUCCCUGGCACUGCAUACAGACCCCCAAGCACUGCAAAGGGUGAACCGUGAGCACCUCUGGGUGGGCCCAAACCCUCAUUCCCACCCUUUCCCCAAAGAAAAAAGAGUGCCAGUGUAGCUAAAGCCAAAUGAACUGAAGGAGAGUGGUAGUUGUUUGAGUGAGAGAGUACGAAGUACGUAUGGUGUGCUGUCAGCUCGAAGGUUGACUAUUGUAAAGGAGUUUGGAUUGCUGUGGUGUGUUCCACAAAGUCUUCAAAGCAGAGACAUUUAAGGUUCCUUGUGACUCUGAAGUAAUGAUGCCAUAUCAAACUGAUAAUCAGUAGUGUGUCUAAGCAGUUCUAUAGAAGACUUUAUUUACACCUCUUCCUGGGUAAAGCUAUUUACCUCUGCUGAACUACAAGAGGGCUGUCAGCUACAGUCAUGAAAGUCACGGCUGGGCGUGUGUACUGCCCUGCUAUCCCAUCUCCUUUAGCCAAGCUGUUAAAGCUCUGGUUGGCAUAGACUGUUUGCCAGUAUGUAGUAUGUGUUAAACCCCACACUGGGUCACUUUGUGUAUGUGUGUGUGUUGUUCUUAGUACAACUGACAAUAUUCAUCCUGUAACUUUUUCUAAUUUGCUCAAAUACUUACGAGGCUGCCCUAUAGAGAAUAACAACUUGGGGCAGUUAAAAACGAUGUGAGUUGUAGGAAAAUGCCCCUUUUUGUUAAUUAGAGGCAUAAAUGUAACCAAAGAAAUUUAAUUUCUUCUUUAGCAAACACUGAUAUUUCUGUUUAAGAAUGACUGCUAGAGAAAAAGGAAAUAUGAAAAUUACCAUGUAUUUUGGGUACUCUGAAAGUUCUCUCUGUAACAGCUCAAAACUAAUCUAUGCCCCAAAUUAAAACCAUAUGAGCAUUCAUAAAUCUCAGCUAUUACUGUGUUUGCUUCUAAUUCUGUUUGGAAUAAGGCUUCAAUUGCUUCCAGAAUGAUGUGAAUUGCAAAUAAAUAGAAAAAGCUA